GUGAGGGGAAAAACAAAAUAUCUUUUUUUGACAAAUUUGUAAUUGCUUGGCGUGCAACGUAGGGGGCGCUGGAGUGCGAGCGGCACAUAUUUGCGGACGGGAAUAAAGCUCGGUGGUUCCUGUGUGAAUCAGUAGGCUGUCGACACAAUCGAAAACACUAGGAGCGUCCGACGAUGAGUCGAAAGAGAGGACACGGUUUUACUGAAGCUGGUCUCUCCCCUAACCCCUCAAGCGCGCUGAUGGACACGAUGUGUCCCCGAUCGCAGGCGGAUGACGAUUUCACUGAAUUUCAGCCCGACGAAGACUUACUGGGUUCCGUGGACCAGAUUACGGAACACCUUGGGAGAAACAUUUCGGUGGUGCUCGAAACAGCGCUGUCGGAAAUCAGGAAAAUGGUCAGCGUUCGGAUACGCGUCCUUAAGAUGGAGCUCCGGGAGAAAAAAGACGAAAUUGAAUCGCUCAAGGCGCGACUGGACGCCUUUGAGAGAGACGGCAGAGAUGUGCUUCCUCAGCCUGUGACUUUAGACACAGCGACAUCCACAGCGGUCGCCUUCAGGAAAGCAGACAGUCACCCCACUAACAAACACAGUAACAGCGACUCGAAGAAGAGCAAACCUGGCGCUCCGGGCAUUAAGAAAGAGAACAUCGAUGCGAUUUGCGACUAUUUGAUGAAGGAUAAGAAUUCGCGGAGCAGUGCUGAGGUGGAGAGCGAGCAGAACAAUGUCCCGUCGAGUGGUGACAGGGAGGGCCGCCACGAGCCGCACGCGCAUGCGCACUCGCACCUCUGGACGGACUGUGUGAUCAGCGGCGAGGCGCCCGCGGAAGGGGAGCCCGACUCUGCCUCCGAGGACAUAUUCAGCAUGUUGCCGUCGGGAAGCAAACGAAUUUACGACUACGAGUGGAUGACAGGCGUAGAGUACGCGGCAGAGUUGAAAGGUGGGAGGGAACUGAAAUGUGAAAAUGGCACUCUUGUAGGUGGGGCUGACAUCGAGGAGGGUGGGUCGCAGGGUGGGAAAGACAUGUUGGCCCCACCGCCGGGCCCCUCCUCUCACACCAGCAACCAGGAGUUCCCCACAGAAACACAGGGCCUUUCGGGAGCGGCAGGGGGUACUGCUGUGGACGACCACCUGGACAGAUUAGACUCAAGUCAGCAGUACCCUGCACACACUUACCUCUGUCCCCUCUGUGGAACCUUCUGUCCCGAUACCUUGUUUUUGGAGGAACACUUAAAAUUGAUACACAGAGACAGCAGCGCGCAGAUGCUGCAAUCUGCUUCUAACCUUCCUGCUACGUUGCCAGGAGAAGAGCGUGGCGAUCACAGAAGGGGUAAAGGAGAGGACAGGGCAGCUGGGAGAGGGGCCAGGGAGAAGAAGGUGGGAGGAGGUUAUGAGUGUGCAGACUGUGGCCGGCACUUCAACUACUUGGGAAACUUGCGCCAGCACCAACGCAUCCAUACUGGGGAGAAGCCCUUCAUCUGUCCUGAGUGCGGGGAGCGCUUUCGUCAUGCCGCCCGCCUCAAGAGUCACCGACUGAGCCACAGUGGUGCUCAGAGUCCCUUUCCUUGUCCCCAGUGUGGCAAGGGCUUUCCAGUGUUGUCAGGGCUAAAACGCCACCAACGCGUGCACACAGGUGAGAGCCCUUAUGCCUGCCCACAAUGUGGUCGACGCUUUAAGGAGCUGGGAAAUUUAUACACCCACCAGCGCAUUCACAGUGGGGCCACACCCUACUGCUGCCAACAUUGUGGGCGCAGUUUCCGCCACCUGGGCACUUACAAGAGCCACCGCUGUACACCUACUCUGUGAGCUGUAACUGAUGCCAACAGAGCCAGGGGAUGAGGCAAGAAGGUCAGAAACCAAACUCAAACCUCCUGUAUAUGGAGUCUGGUAUCUGGCAAGUUCAGGUGUACGUGGAGACUAGUGAUUCUUUCAAGAAUCGGUGACUCUUAAAUGGUUCUGCUGAAACACUUAUACCGGGGGGGAAUAAUAGAAUUUAACAUCUAUCUUUGUAGACCAACUUUUUGUUUGAUGUUAUAAUCACAGUGUAAUGUGUGCAUGAGGUACUUUUUAAGUUUUACUGUGGGUACACAGAGUUGCAUGUUGAUGUGGAUUUAGAAACUCACAAACUCAAUUGUUUGGGUAAGGUCACAUUGUCAGAUAACAGGCACCCACAUGAGGUACAUGGGAGCACUCAGAUUUAGGGACAUGCCUGUACAGAUAUGGAUUCUUGAUAAAUCACAUUAAUGCUUGUUAAGUCUGUUGGUGCAUCAAUCCUCAACUUAUAUUCUGAAUUAAGUAUUUGUUAUUUCAGGCAUCCAUUAAGUUAAACAGGGUGACACGGUGGAGCAGCGAGUAGCUGUGCCCGAGCUGUUCAGGCAUAAGUUGAAAACCGCCUCAGUCUUUAUGGAGUUUGCAUGUUCUCUGUGUCUGCAUGGUUUCCCUGUGGGUGCGCGGGUUUCCUCUUACAGUCCAAACAUGUGCAGUUUAAAUGGAUUGGCGAUGCUAAAUUGUCCAUAGUGUGUGAAUGGGUGAGUAAGGGUGUAGCAACUCUGCGAUGGACUGGACCCCCCCCAUCUUCCACCCAGUGGUUCCAGGAUAGGCUCCGGACCCCUGCGACCCUGACCAGGACAAGCAGUUAAUGAAAAUGCUUUGCUGGAUUAAGUUAAAGGAAGUGUCCUUGAAAUUAAUGCUGAGAAACUACUUCCACUAGGUGGAUGUUUUGUGACCCAUACUACUGUAACUUUCCAAGUAGAAGGGCUACAUACACACCCCAUCAACCUAUUACAUAUUUAUUUUUGGUUUCAUUUUAAGUUCUCUUAUCGGUGCAUUAUCUUGUUUUGUGUAUCUGCCUUACACAAAUUAGAUUUUAUAAAAAUGCUAUAUUUCUGUGUGAAUCUGCAGUCUUUUCAGAUAAGCAUACACACAUCAGAAAGAUGCGGCAUUAUGGAAAUGGUGGUAAUACUGAGGAAAAAAUAUUUAAAUUACCAGUUUAUUAUUAGGUAGCAAAUUAACAUUUGUUCAUGGUUAUGUACUUCUGCAAGGUAAGGUUAUUUUUUACUCUAAGCUUAUGUAAGAGCACACUGAAAUAGUUGUCUUUACAUUUCACUGUUAUUUUGUGUGUAUUUCCAAAACGAAAACCAGAAGUCUUAAUCAUUAAUAAAAAUGAUAGAUGUGAAGUGCUAAUAACAGAAUAUAUGCAUUGAAAUAAACAUAGUUGCCUAUACAAUGAAAAAUGUUUGGUGUUGCAUGAACAUGCAAAAUCAAACCUCCUGGUAUGUUGAACUAUCUAACACGUGAGUAUAUGAGGAUGAAUGGAUGAUUCAUGGAUGGAUGACAUAUACUGUAUAAACAUGGUAAAAGACUGAUAGGAUUUUAAGUAUGUCAAUAAAGCUUCAUAAUAGUUGAUCAUUGACUUUGAUGUAUAAAUAACCUAUUGAAGUAUAAGAGAUAGAAAUAGUGUUUCACCAUUUCUUAAAAAAGACAAAGUGGGACAGGUGAUUUGAUAAUCUUUUGAAAUAAAUGUAAUUCUUCUUGAAGGUAGAAGGUCCAGAAACUUAUACCCUGUGUACUGAGAUGACAAGUGUACUGUCACACAGGACCUUUGAAAUUUGUUGACUUGAUUGUGGCCAAAUACUUGCUAUCUGGGCAUCUCUGUCGCUGAGGGCCUUUUUCAAAAUUAGUUUUGUAGGUGUAUGAUAGGGAAGGACCAAUGUCUUAGUACAGAGUGGUCUUAAAUAAAAUCUCACAUACAUUCCUUAUAUAUGAUAAAUUUUGUUGUUUUGUGUGUGAUUUUCAGGAAAAUGUUUUGCGUUGGAAGAGAUGCAAACAGGACUAGACCUUUACCCCACUUGAGAUGUUUAUAGUGCUACUUUGAAAUGUGUGCUAUUGCAAAGUAGUUAUGCAUUGAAGGAGAUUGAAAAUUGCAUUUCAUUACAAACAGUAUGUGUUUAUGGCAGCCAAAUGAAGUAAUAUAUCUGCAGAAAGUAUUAAUGUACAAUGUCACAUGGAGGAAAAACUUGACAAGGUGUGCAGAAAGAAAUAAGAAAAAAUCUACAAAUAAGGAAAUUCUAAUUUGGUUGUUGUUUUAUGUCAUAUAAAUAUUAAUGACCAUUUAAGAUACCUAAAAAGAACAUUUUGCGCCCUGGAACACCAUAGUCUAGUUUUGGAGGUAUUACUCCAUGCCAGAAUGACAAAGGCUGACAAAGAACACAACAUGAUGUCUGAACAUCUUUCAUACAUGAAAAUGAAAGCACCUCAUAUAAAUUA